UCUGUUAAACUGUGCUGUUAAGUGCGAUAAGCGUGCUGUUAGGCGCGUUACUUGUUUACAACCGGGUCAAUUUAAUAAUCCCCAUUGUUAUAGGCUUGAAUUCAAAGGAUCCGCAAAGGAUAUAGGCUGCUCGACAUGGCCACGUCGCCGGGAAAGUCCCCCGCCUUGGAGGCAGGCAACACCGAAACCACUGGCCUGCUCUCUGCCACCGUGGUGGCUGGUCUCAGGAACCUGGGAGCCAUCAUCUCGCCCCCACUGACCAAGCUGCUCAUCGCAAACUCGCUGAAACUGACCCUCCAUCCGGAUGCCACCAUUGCCCCCGUGCCCGAGAUCUAUGCCAGCAAUGCGGCCUGCGCCAAACAAAGCGAGUAUGCCGUGGUCACCCUCUAUGCCCUGGCCACCAAGCACGGCUGGGAUGGCCUCCACCUGCGCCAGCAGCUGGAGCAACUGGGCCUGGACGCCGGCGCCGUGGACGAGCUGAGCCGCGUGUACGAGGACAGCCGCAAGGAGCUGGUGCUCCGACAGCUGCAGCUGGGCCACAGCUUUCCGCACAUCACCGACAUCCAGUGGCGCAUCGUGUGCGACGUCAAGUCCUCCACCUCCGACUGCAGCACGGGCGUGGCCAACUUCCACAUCAACCUGGGCAACUUUCGGCCCAGCAGUGGCGAACGCGUGACCAUCGUGGAGUUCGUCUGCAACGCCGAGGAGCUGCAGUCGCUGAUCAACCGGCUGAAGGAGAUCGAGCGGCACUGCAACCAAAUGGCCGUGGCCUAGGACUCAACUCAGCUUUCUCAACAUUCUUAUCGAUUAUAUUUCGCAGCAUAUAUAACACACACACACACACACA